AUGGCAGGGACGACACAGAUGGUAUUCCUACAUGACAAUGUCACCAUAGCCUGCAAAAUCCCUGGUUCCCCACGACUUGACAUCAAGACUGUGGGAAUCAUCUGGUUUAGGAAGAAUGAGUUGGAUGACUCUGAGGUCAAGGUGUUUGAGUUUUAUGGAAAUCAUCUAGAGUCAUUUCGACCUGGAGCCAUGGUGUCACUGUCGGGGCUGGAGUCAGGAGAUGCCUCACUCCAUCUGCCUGAGGUCCAGCUGGGGGAAGCAGGAGAAUACCGAUGCAUGCUGGUGGUCACCCCUGAAAAGGCAGAGGGAAAGACCAUUCUAGAAGUUGUGGCUUACCCAACCAUUAGAUUAUUUGUGAAACCAGCUACAGUGAGAAAUGAUGAAGAGGAACAUAUUAUAUGUGAGCUAGAUGGAUUCUACCCAGAAGCCUUUAGCAUAAAGUGGGGGAAGUACACCCUGAAGGAUUCCCAGUUCCAAGAAAUUACUGAGGGCAAUAUCACUCGUCCCACGAUCAAGAAUGAUGAUGGCACAUUCAACGUUACCAGUUGCUUGACUCUGAAACCAUCUCUGGAAGACCAUGGGACUACCUACCAGUGUGUGGUGUUGCACAGAUCCUUGCUUGUCCCCCGAAGGCUCAAUGUCACGCUGUCUGAGAAAGAUGACCUGUUCAUUGGUGAGAGUGUGAUAUUAAAGUCCCCCACAAUUAGUGAGUGA